UUUCCUGAGUUAAAAGUGGUUGCUUCUAUUAUAUCCUGAAGUGUCUGACUCUUCUGGUGGAGACAUCUGAGCAGUGCCACAGGCUUGGAAUGCCCCAGAGGGUAAGAAUAGCCCACUAUGUGAGAUGACUCCUGCUGUCGUCUUCUGGCAAGGCAGUUGUCAGGAAUGCCUUGUCUCAGAGGCAAACAGCUCGGAGGCCCUCUGAACUCAAAGACAGGAAAACUGGCCUCCUCCUCCUGCACUCAACCCUUCCGUUUCAUAUCUCCAAGCCUCAUACUGAAGUCUUUUUGUAGCUAAAACAGAAUUACUUCUGCCAGGAUCUCCCAUCUCCGUGGGAAACACUGGGUCUCCGGCGGCUUGGAGUUUGUGACAUUGGCGAAGCAUGGAACAUUUGGACCUGCUGGGGUUCCUAAUCGUCACGUUAAAUUACAAUGUGACGAUUGUCGGCAAGAUCUGGCUUAUCUUCAUGACACUGCUGAGGAUGAUGGUGAUCAUUUUGGCAGGGUACCCCAUCUACCAAGAUGAGCAGGAAAGGUUCGUUUGCAAUACUCUGCAGCCAGGAUGUUCCAACGUUUGCUAUGACAUCUUCUCCCCUGUGUCCCACUUUCGGUUCUGGCUGAUUCAGAGCGUGUCGGUCCUGUUCCCUUACGCUGUCUUCAGCGUCUACGUGCUCCACAAAGGAGCCAUGCACGCCGCGGCUGGAGGCUGCCCCCCCGAUGGCGGCCAAGGGGGCCCCACCCCGUGGGACCUGACCACCGCAGAGAGGCACCACCCACGGCCCUCCAGGGAGGGACGCGGCCUGGACAUCCCAGACUUCUCCUCUGGCUAUAUCGCCCACCUCUUUCUUCGCACCCUGAUCGAAGCAGCUUUUGGGGCCCUGCACUAUUUCCUCUUCGGGUUCAUGGUUCCAAAGAGGUUCUCUUGCUCCCACUCUCCUUGUACCAGCGUAGUGGACUGUUACAUCUCUCGGCCCACGGAAAAGUCCAUUAUGAUGCUUUUCAUCUGGGGAGUCAGCACCCUCUCCUUCCUCCUCGGCCUCGCUGACCUGAUGUGUAGCGUGCGCAGAAGGGUGCGGCGGAGGCGAGCACCCAAGCGGGUGGCCAGAACUUCCUCCAGCAGGACAGAGAGCCAAGGCCUGAAGUCUCCCCCUGGCCACUCUGCGGAACGCGUGGCCUCUCGGAGCCUGGAGAGAAGGCGGAGUCACAUCAGUGAGGAUGAUGGAUGGGAGGAACAGGAGGUGCCUAUUCACCCAAGAGUGUGGGCCCGAGAGGAGGGUACCAGGACCAACGUCAACAGCCCCAGUGAGAAGUCCGCUGUGUCGGGGAGGAUGGAGCUUCCAGACGAGGAUGAGAGUGAGGUGAUGUCCUCAGCCAGUGAGAAGCUGGCCAGGGCUCAUCCAGAGCUCCGGGGCAGGCUCCACAGAGAGGCCACCCAGGACCCAAGGCGUGAGGGCCAUGCUGACUGGGGAGAGCUCCCCUCAGCCCCCCGGAGCCGGCUUGCAGGGCACUAUUCAUCCACUGAGUUACAGCCCCCUGACCGGCUGUCAAAGUCUGGCAGUGCUACCCACCUGAGAACCAAAAGGUCUGAAUGGGUGUGAGGAGGAAACACCCAGCAGUGAGCCCCCAGUAGGGGCUGGACUGAGCUCCCCAGCACUGGCAGCUACCCUCCUGUUCAAAUGGAAGUAUGCACUGGGACACCUGUGAAAUCUUACCACUUGACUAAGUUCCCAGAGAAGGUUAACAGGCAGAAAGGUGGGCUGCCAUAGGGACAAACGGACUUGAUGAGAAACUCUAAUAUAUUCUCAACGCAGAUUUCAUUUAGAUAAUGCUUUCUGCUGAAAAAAAUUAUUUAACUUUCAAAUGCUGACGAGUAGCUACAAUGAUGGGCUGAAGAGUGUCAGGUCAAUCUCAAUGACCUUGAGACUGUUUAAUAUGCCACACUCUGGCUGAUUCUAUUGUAUUAUCCCUUACCAUAGUAUGUGCUCAGUGUAAAGCAUUUUCUCUUGCAUUAAUAGAACUCAUUAAUUUUGUAAUGUUUCCUGGUGAAUUACGCUGAGGUUUUUUGUUUAUUUUUGCAUGUUUUUCUUCUUGAAGGAAAAAGGCUUAAGUUAUGCGUGUCAUCAAUAGACGUCGGUUAGCAUCUAA